AUGCAUCAACCAACCUACCCCGAGACAUUCCACGACGAGACCAUCAAACAGUGGAUCCAGGACUACUACACCGCCGUGGACGAGGAUGGGGCCGUCGAGACCAUCGCCGACUUUUUCACUCCGGAUGCAGUCGUGCAGAUGGGCGAGCACGGGGUCUCCGACCGACCAGGUCUGAUCCAAUUUUUGACAUCCACCUGGGACUAUGUCGCUAGUCGCAGCCACCACCUUGUCGCGAUCGAUUCGCUGGGCAAAGACACAUUCCUGGCGCGAGGCACCGUCACCUACAACCUCAAGGACGGGCGUCGGGUAACACCAGAGUGGUGCGGGAUCAUGGCGCUGAUCCAACAGGAAGGGGAGUGGAAGAUGGCAUAUUACAAGGUGUAUUUUGCCGCGUUUCCAGCAUUCUGA